AUGGCGGCGGCGGCCGUGGCCGCGGGGGCAGGUGGCGGCUCGGCGGCGCUGGGUGACAGCGGAGCCAUCGACUACUCGGUGCACGAGGCGUGGAACGAGGCCACCAACGUCUACCUGCUGGUGGUGUUGGCCAGCCUCGCCCUCCUGGUCUACGCCCGGCGGAACAAGAGAAGGAUCAUGCGCAUCUUCACCCUGCCCCCGGCCGCCGAGACGCCGCCUGAGCCCAACUUCUAUGACAGCAUGAAAAAGAUCCGCCUGCGGCAGCAGCUGGAGAUGUACUCCAUCGCAAGGAAGUAUGAGCAGCAGCAGCAGCAACCACCAAAACAGACUGAAAGUGUGCAGCUCUCAGUGGAGUGAAUCCCACACUUGUAGGACUUCAGGAUGUAUUUCCAGUGCUGAUGGCAAGAGUCAGUGUGGAGUGAUUGUCACUGCCUCUUAAUCCAUGCAUAGCUGAAGGCAAGAGGCAAAAGAAGGGGACUUAUCUAAAAUCUUUGUUCUUGGCAGCUUUUCUCUGAGACCCAUGAAAUAAGUGUGGGUGCCUCCUGAAAUAUUCAGCAUGAAAGUAUCAAACACAGGGCACAGCUGCUCAGAGAAGCCUCUGAGGGUAAAGAAAUACCCUCUAAACAGUGUUUUAAUUUAUUUUUUCUGCCAGCAUCUUGGAAAUCAGCUCCUACCUUCUCUGGUAAUGACACCCUAGAGAAAGCAGGGCGGUACUUAACUGCCUGGAAGCUAUUUUGUUCCUUGCAUAAACAAUACUGUGAACAGUUCCUAGAUCAGCUUGCAGAACAGAGAAGUACACAGUGCUGUGAACUGCAUGUCUUGAAGACACUUAAAGCCAAUACCAUGUUCAUAGCAAAGGUGGUUAGCUUGAUUUAGCCAAAAUGCUUUAAAGAAUGGGAUUGUGGGUAAAAAAGUGCAUAAACAUCACACCCCAGUUAUUUUUUUUCCCUAGGUAAAUCACAAAUUUGAAAAAUACUGAAAAAAUUGCUUCUUAAUAAAAGCAUCUA